CUCAUUGAAACAUCCUCAGAGCUGAUAGAGACGCAGCGCCAUACUGCUCAGGGACAGCAGCGCUCCUCCUGCAGCGCUCCUCCUCCUGCACGCCUCCUCCUCCUGCAGCGCUCCUCCUGCUCUCAUGGACUGCGCCGCUUCGCUGUGGAUUCGCUCCGUUCUGGACUUCCAUGCAUUUGUUCUGUGAGGCUGCAGAUCGGCGCACUGACAGGAUCCGGGGCUGAGGGAACUGGACCACACUGGACUCCAGGUGAUCUGUUGGAGUGUUCUAGGCUUUUCCUGGACAGGAGGAGCUCAUCAUCUUUUGAGGCGCGCUCUGAGGAUGGGGAGCUCAGAGAAAGCUACUGUUUUCGGCUGGGAUUCCUUCACCCAGCUCUCAGUCUGAAGAAAAGCACCAAGUCCCCAGAAGGAGGAUCCAGAAGCACAGCCUGCCAGGUUCAGGCCACGCCCACAGAGAGCAUGUCCGUUUCAGUGGGGCCUUCAUGGAUGUGGUAUCCCCAGGCCAGGGCCAGACUCCUGCUGUGGAUGGGCCUGCUGUCUGUGUGUUUAGCUGCUGUCCAUGCCCAGCAGCAUCCGGUAGCCACCACCAACUAUGGGAAACUGCGAGGAGUGAAGGUUACAUUACCCAAUGAGAUCCUGGGACCGGUGGAGCAGUACCUGGGGAUUCCCUACGCAUUGGCUCCAACAGGGGAACGGAGGUUCCAGCCACCGGAACCACCUAUGUCCUGGCCGGGAAUAAGAAACGCUACUCACUUUGCUCCAGUUUGUCCUCAGUUCUUAGAGGACCGCUUUUUACUCAACGACAUGCUCCCUGUGUGGUUCACCGCCAACCUGGAUACGAUAGUGAGCUAUGUGCAGGAGCAGAGCGAGGACUGCCUCUACUUAAACAUCUACGUCCCGACUGAAGACGAUAUCCACGAUGAGAACGGACUGAAGCCGGUCAUGGUUUAUAUCCAUGGAGGCUCCUACGUGGAGGGGACCGGCAACAUGAUCGAUGGCAGCAUUCUGGCCAGCUAUGGCAAUGUCAUCGUCAUCACGGUCAACUACCGGCUGGGGGUUCUAGGUUUUCUAAGCACAGGAGACCAGGCGGCCAAGGGGAACUACGGGCUCCUGGAUCAGAUCCAGGCUCUCAGGUGGAUCAAAGAGAACAUCCAUGCCUUCAAAGGAGACCCAAAGCGAGUCACCAUCUUUGGCUCCGGUGCCGGAGCUUCCUGCGUCAGCCUGCUCUGCCUGUCCCAUUACUCUGAAGAUCUGUUCCAGAAAGCCAUCAUCCAGAGCGGGACGGCGCUGUCCAGCUGGGCGGUCAAUUACCAGCCUGCUAAGUACACCCGCUCCCUGGCUGAGAAGGUGGGCUGCAACAUGCUGGACACCAUCGACCUGGUGGAGUGCCUGCAGAAGAAGAGCUACAAGGAGCUGAUCGAGCAGUACGUCACGCCUGCUAAGUACCACAUUGCUUUUGGGCCUGUGAUCGACGGAGACGUGAUCCCGGAUGACCCCCAGAUCCUCAUGGAGCAGGGGGAGUUCCUCAACUAUGACAUCAUGCUGGGGGUCAACCAGGGCGAGGGCUUUAAGUUUGUUGACGGCAUCGUGGACAGUGAGGAUGGAGUAUCCGCCAACGAUUUCGACUUUGCGGUGUCUGACUUUGUGGAUCAUCUUUACGGCUACCCAGAAGGAAAGGACACCCUGAGGGAGACCAUCAAGUUCAUGUACACGGACUGGGCCGACAAGGAGAACCCCGAAACCCGCCGCAAGACGCUGGUGGCCCUUUUCACUGACCACCAGUGGGUAGCGCCGGCGGUGGCCACAGCCGACCUCCACGCUCAGUACGGCUCGCCCACCUACUUCUACGCUUUCUACCACCACUGUCAGAGCGACAUGAAGCCCAGCUGGGCCGACUCGGCCCACGGCGACGAGGUUCCCUACGUGUUCGGGAUCCCAAUGAUUGGACCCACCGAUCUUUUCAACUGCAACUUCUCCAAGAACGACGUGAUGCUGAGUGCAGUUGUCAUGACCUACUGGACAAACUUCGCUAAAACAGGGUAA